UUGGAUGAUGAAAAUGAAAAGAAAUACCGCGAUACGCUGACAGCAUUACGUACGACGCGAUCCCUUAACGAGGAAAUGGAGCGCCUUAAGCAAGAGAACGUUCGUCUCACAGCCAGACGGAUGCAAGUGAAGCGACAGGCUGAUGACGUCACAGAAGCCCUACAACAAGCACGCGAUCGACGAAACUCACUCCAGCAAGAGACGCGUAGAGAGGAACAUGACACAGAGCAGAUACCGGCCAUGUCGGAUGCUUCCCAUCUCGUCGGAAAAAAAGACACACUGGAGACGGCUGCCUGUUAUCCCGAAACCCAAGCUAAAGUGAAGUCGCCAGAAGCUAGAAUGGGGGAAAAUCCACCUUGCAUCCUUGGUUAG